UGACAAAUAACAUUUGCAUCACGAAAUUGUAUGAUAAUAUAAAAAGCAAAAUCUUUUUUAUUAUAUCAAGUCAAAAUCUAUACUAGAGUCGAGCACAUUUUAAAGAUUUUUUUCAAGUUUAAGAUUUCUUGUUACUGAUAUUUACACGUUGUAGUUGAAAGCAUUAGUAUGGGAAACAAUUUACUAAGGAUCACUUACACACUAGUGUUUUUAAUGCAGGAUUAUUACAUUACUCCUCAGUAGGUGCUAUAGGCUACUUUUUAUCCUGGGAAUUACUAUUUAUCCCGGAAAUACUUUUUGUCGCGGACGGAUGGAGGCAAAAGUUAUUUCUGGCCAACUACUUCCUAGCGCCGAAAUGAUUGGCCCAGCGAUAAUGCCAGAAAUGGCCAUAACAGAUACCAUUAUUGGUCCCAACAUACCACAUGGUCCCAACGUGCCAUAUAUACCUAACAUGCCGCUUGGUCCUAACAUACCACUUGGACCAAACCUUGGUUUAAAUAACAUCGCAAACCUAGGUGCAAGUAAUAUGGCGCUAGCUUCAAAUAUGGCAAUGGGGGCACCUAGAGCAGCUUUAGGUCCAGUUGGCCCCAAUUGGGCUGGAAACUUAGGCCUUGGAAUAUCGCCAGCUUCUAUGGCUCCGCCAAUGGGCCUUGCAGCUUCGUACGGUGGCGGUUUUACAGUAACCAGUUCGUCUCCCAUUGCCCCCACGGGCUUAACAGUAACAUCCGAAAACACCAUUGAAGGACCUCUGCUAGUAGCUGGACAACUUCCAUUCCUAGGUACAGUUGCGGUAGACGGUGCAUAUGCCACAACUGGAAUGGGCUCCGUGACCUAUGGUUGUGGAGAUGGAAACAUCGGCAUGGUGAAUGAGGGCAUCCCUGCUACGCCAUCAGCGCCGGUAAUGGCUCCAGGUUACAACCCAGCUAUGUCCCCGGGACUUAAUUACAAUGGUCUCGGUGGAAGAAUGGGUCUCAAUGGGAUCGGAGGUUACUAUUAAAAAAAUAUGAUUACUGUUAUUUAAUUGUUGUUACUGUAUUAUUUAUGUAUGUAUUUAUGUUCUUA